AUGCCGCUCAUCGAGGAGAUCGUCCCCGCGCCGCCUCCGCCGCCGCCCGCCGCGGAGUGGCACCCCGACGCGAUGCCGUCCGCCGAGCCCGUCGGGCUGACGAACACGGAGCGCGCGCAGAUGGAUCAGCUCCGCGAAAAGUACGGCAAGCAUCAGAGGGCGAGGGACGGCGGCGACGCGCCGCACGCGGAGAGCGCGAUCGCGGCCGCGCAGGCGCGCGCGGACGCGGAGAUGCGCGCGCGGCCGCUCUCCACCGACGGCGACGGCGGCGGCGGCGUCUCUUCCUCCUCCCCGCUCGCUCGCGUGAAGAUCUGCGAGACGUGCCGAGGCAUGAAGACGGUCAAGGAGGAGUACAACAACCGGAUCCUCGAGCGGAUGUGCGAGCGGUGCGACGGCGAGGGCGUGCUCGGCCGCGACGGGAAGCCGCUCAACCCGGACGACGACGACGCCGCGCCCGCGACCGCGACGCGGCCGGAGAAGGGUCCGUCGCCGUUCGCGCCGGGCUCCGCCGCGGAGACGCGCGUCCGCGUCCUCGAGGAGGACACGCUGCGGAGGAAGAUCGCGGAUAAGAAGAAGGAGAUCAAGAUGGUGAGGAGCACGAUGGUGAAGGACGUCGACGACGUGGAGUAUCUGCGAAAGUUGAGGGCGCUGGAGUUGAGCGAGUUGGAACGCGAGGCGACGGCGGCGCUGAGCAGGGAGCCGCUGCUGGACGGCGACGGCGACGGCGCGCGCGAGGGCGAGGAGGAGGCGGGGGCUGGGGCUGGGGGAGGCGCGGCGAACGCGGAUUCGGAUUCGGAUUCUUCGAACGAAGACGACGAAGCAGCGCCGGACUUGGACGAGCCGGACCCGUGA